AUGCCCCUUGAAAGAGAGGGAGAGAGAAUUAAGGGAGGGAGAGUGUGGGAGAAAGACGUGGGAGUGAGCGAAAGAGACACAGAUAGACAGAGAGAGAGGGAGAAAGACAGACACAGGAGGGAGAAAGACAGACGAGGGGGAGAAAGAGGAGGGAGAAAGGGACAUACAGAGAGGAGGGGAGAGUGUGAGAAGGAGAGAAAAGACGUGGGAGAAAGAGAGAAAAGACAGACAGAGAGAGGGGGAGAAAGACGUGGAGUGAGAGAGAAGAGACGUGGGAGGAGAGAAAGACAGACACAGGAGGGAGGGAAAAGACGUGGGAGAGAGAAAGGAGGGAGAGUGUGGGAGAAAGACAGACACAGAGAACAGAAGAGGGGAGAAAGACGUGGGAGUGAGAGAAAGGGAGGGAGAGUGUGGGAGAAAGACACUGGGAGUGAGGAAAGGGACAGAGACAGAGGAGGGGAGGGAGAAAGACGUGGUAGUGAGAGAAAGGGAGGGAGGGAGAAAAAGACAGUGGGAGUGAGAGAGAAAGACAGACACAGAGAAGGAGAGUGGGGAGAAAGACGUGGGAGUGAGAGAAAGGGAGGGAGAGACGAAAAGACGUGGAGUGAGAGAAAGACAGAGAGGGAGGGAGAAAGACGUGGGAGGAGAGAAAGGGGAGAGAGAGAAAGACAAAGGAGGGAGAAAGAGUGGAGGAGAGAAAGGAAGGAGUGGGAGGGAGAGAGAAGGAGAAAGACAAAGAGAGGGAGGGGAGAGUAG